UCAAAAGAAAAGAAACCGAAGAGAAAGAAGAAGCAUUAGAAGAAAAAAUGGGUGCCUCUCUGAUUAGGCACUAUGCCACUCACCACACAUUAACAUUCCAAUUUCGUCAAACAAAUCAUUACACCUUAGACUCAACACAUUGAAGCACAAAUAAGCAAAGAAAAAAGAAUUUCUCAUUUUCUAUUUUCUUUUCUUCCGUUUAUUUUUAUUUAAUAUUAUUUUUUUCCUUCCAUAUUGGCAGGCCCAGCAACAAUGGCGGAAGAUAGUGAACACGUCUUUUCAAUCUGCACCGUCUAUUGUUAUAUCGUGUCAACUCGAUCACAGUCAUAAAUUGAUAUGAUAGUAACAGUGCAUGCAAGAAGAACCAACAGCGCAGCAAUAAGAACAAAGAAGAAGAAGAAGAGAAACAGCAACUUCAACUAGUUUUGCCACUUCGCUGUAAAGUGCUCUUUAACACACACAACACUUUAGCGUUGACUCAGAAAAAUUCAACUAGUUCUUUUCUUUCUUUCUUUUUAUUUUAUUUUUUUCUCUGUUCUUCACGGUUCAGCUCCACUUUCAUGCUCUCAUCAAUCAAUGCAGUGUCUUAAUCUUUUUGCUUUCUAUCUUGCUGUCAUUGUGAUUUGCCUAAUAAAAAGGUUUCUUCUGAUUUCUAAGUGGCUUUGAUCAUUUUAGCUUCAAUUCUCUGUGGCCUAAUAACAAAAGGCCACACCUUGAUGCAGUUUCUAUUAUUGGUUUAUCUAAGAGAACAGACAUGGCAUUAUUGGAAAAUUGGUUCCUCAUGAUCAUGGUGAUGGUGUUUUUCCAUGGCAUAGUGUUUGUGAGUUCAAUCAAUGAAGAAGGUUCAAGCCUUUUGCAGUUCAAAAGUUCCCUUUUUGAUGCAAAUAACAAGCUUCACAAUUGGGAUUCUUCUGACUCCACACCAUGCAAUUGGACUGGUGUGCAAUGCACCCAUUCAUCAUUGGUAACUUCUGUUAAACUCUACCACCUUAAUCUUUUUGGCACUUUAUCUCCUAGAAUCUGUGACCUUCCAAGGCUAAUUGAGUUGAAUCUCUCAAAGAAUUUCAUUUCUGGUCCAAUUCCUGAUGGUUUUGCUAAUUGCCAUAGUUUGGAGAUUCUAGAUCUUUGUACAAACAGGCUCCAUGGAGAAAUUCUAACCCCAAUUCGGAAUAUAACAAAACUUAGGAAGCUUUACCUUUGUGAAAAUUAUAUGUAUGGUGAGGUACCUGAAGAUCUUGGGAGCUUAGCUUCACUUGAGGAGUUAGUUAUAUAUAGCAACAACUUAACUGGGAUCAUUCCUAAAUCAAUUAGCAAGUUGAAGAAGCUUAGGGUUAUUCGGGCGGGACUGAAUGCUCUCUCGGGGCCAAUACCAGCUGAGAUUAGUGAGUGUGACAGCUUGGAGACAUUGGGUUUGGCGCAGAAUCAGCUAGAAGGUUCUAUUCCAAGAGAGCUUCAAAAGCUUCAGAACCUUACCAACUUGAUUCUAUGGCAAAACUCACUGUCCGGGGAGAUUCCUCCCGAGAUUGGGAACAUUAGUAACCUGCAAUUGCUUGCUUUGCAUAUGAAUUCGUUCAUUGGUGAUGUCCCGAAGGAGCUCGGAAAAUUGUCGCAGUUGAAGAGGUUGUACAUAUACACCAACCAGUUGAAUGGAACAAUUCCACCAGAGCUAGGGAACUGCACAAAUGCUAUUGAGAUAGAUUUUUCGGAGAACCGUUUGGUUGGGUUCAUUCCCAAAGAGUUGGGGAAGAUGUCUAAUCUUACCCUGCUUCAUUUGUUUGAAAACCAUUUGGAGGGUCAUAUUCCUCAUGAGCUCGGCCAAUUGAAGCAGCUAAAGAAUUUAGACCUUUCAAUGAAUGAGUUAACAGGUACAAUUCCAUUGGAGUUUCAAAAUCUUUCAUUGAUGGAGGAUUUGCAGCUAUUUGACAAUAAGCUUGAGGGAACAAUUCCUCCUCAUCUUGGGGCCAUUAAGAACCUUACAAUUCUCGAUAUGUCCUCGAAUAAUUUUGUUGGUCCAAUACCUGUUCAUCUAUGUCAAUAUCAGAAGCUGCAGUUCUUGAGCCUUGGGUCGAAUCGGCUGUCCGGAAAUGUUCCCUAUAGGCUGAGGACUUGCAAAUCUCUUGGGCAGCUAAUGUUGGGGGACAACAUGUUGACAGGAAGUUUACCAGUUGAGUUGUAUGAACUUCACAAUCUUACUGCACUCGACCUUAAACAGAACCGAUUUUCCGGGCUGAUAAGCCCAGGGAUAGGUCAAUUAAAGAAAUUGGAAAGGCUUCUCUUGUCGGAUAAUCAUUUUGAAGGUUAUCUCCCUUCUGAGAUUGGAAAUUUAUCCCAACUUGUCGCGUUCAAUAUUUCCUCCAACAGUUUCAGUGGAAGCAUUCCACGUGAAUUGGGAAACUGUGUAAAGCUACAGAGGCUUGAUCUUAGCAGGAACAACUUCACUGGUGAGCUUCCAGACAAAAUUGGCAAGCUGGUGAAUCUGGAGCUGUUGAAAGUUUCCGAUAAUAGGCUCUCUGGUGAAAUACCUGGCAGUUUGGGGAAUCUUAUUCGCCUCACGGAGCUUGAGCUAGGUGGCAACCUAUUCUCAGGAAGCAUCCCUUAUCAUUUGGGAGGACUUACUUAUGUUCAGAUUGCACUUAACUUGAGCCACAACAAUCUUUCUGGUACGAUUCCUAUAAGCUUGGGGAACUUGCUAAUGUUGGAAUCACUUUACUUAAACGACAAUCAACUCAUUGGUGAGAUUCCUGAAUCAAUCGGUAGCCUUCCUAGCCUUAUAGUAUGCAAUGUCUCCAACAACAAGCUGGUAGGAACUGUUCCAGAUACACCUGCAUUUAGAAAGAUGGAUUUCUCAAAUUUUGCCGGGAACAAUGGGUUAUGCCGAUUAGGUACUUAUCAUUGUCAUCCACCUGUAUCUUCAACUCAUUCAGCGAAAGCGAGCUGGAUCAGAGAUGGUUCAACUAGGGAAAAGAUAGUUAGCAUUGUUUCUGGUGUGGUUGGAUUUGUUUCUCUUAUUUUCAUAGUAGGUAUAUGUUACGCCAUGAGGCAGCGUAGCCCUGCCUUUGUCUCGCUUGAAGGGCAAACAAGACCUCAUGUCACUGAUAACUAUUAUUUUCCGAAAGAAGGCUUUACCUACCAGGAUCUCUUGGAAGCCACUGGAAAUUUUGCAGAAUCAGCGGUUAUAGGAAGAGGAGCUUGUGGCACUGUCUACAAGGCUAUUAUGAAUGACGGCGAAGUGAUUGCAGUGAAAAAGCUGAAUUCUCGAGGAGAUGGAGCAAACGUUGACCGAAGCUUCCUUGCUGAGAUUUCAACCCUUGGAAAAAUCAGGCAUAGGAACAUUGUGAAGCUGCAUGGAUUUUGUUAUCACGAGGAUUCGAAUCUUCUCUUAUAUGAAUACAUGGAAAAUGGAAGCCUUGGGGAACAACUUCACUCAAAUUCAAGCAGGUGUGUGCUGGAUUGGAGUGAUCGAUAUAAAAUUGCUUUGGGAGCAGCAGAAGGCCUAUGCUAUCUUCAUUUUGAUUGCAAACCUCAAAUCAUUCAUCGCGAUAUAAAAUCAAACAACAUAUUGCUUGACGAAUUGUUUCAGGCUCAUGUUGGAGACUUCGGCUUGGCAAAGUUGAUUGAUUUCUCCUACUCGAAAUCCAUGUCUGCUGUGGCAGGUUCAUAUGGCUACAUUGCCCCAGAGUAUGCUUACACCAUGAAGGUGACUGAGAAAUGUGACAUCUAUAGCUUCGGGGUAGUUUUGCUAGAACUAGUCACUGGGAGGUCACCUGUUCAACCAUUGGAACAGGGCGGCGAUCUAGUGAGUUGGGUGAGAAGGUCGAUUCAAGCUUCAGUACCAACAUCUGAACUGUUUGACAAGCGAUUGAAUCUGAGCGUGCAGAGAACAAUGGACGAGAUGUCUCUUAUUCUGAAAAUCGCUCUGUUUUGCACCAGCACGUCCCCACUUACUAGGCCAACAAUGAGAGAGGUCAUUGCAAUGUUGAUUGAUGCUAGAGAAUAUGUCAGCAAUUCACCAUCCACUCCUACAUCGGAAUCUCCACUUGAUGAAGGUUCUUCUUCUAAAGAUGGUCUUGAGUUGUAACUUGUAAGCUUUCAGCCUCUACAUGCAGAGUAUAGUCAUCUCCAGAAUAGCAAACGCAAUGCGAUCUUAAGGUCAAAACCAUAGGUAUCCUCCUUUUAGAGGGAAUCCUAUGCUUUAACCAAACCAAGUGCCCUUCACGUGAAGUUUUGUGUGGUAAACUUCUCAUUCUAACAAUAUUAGAAACAAAACUCUCUAAUCAAUCUAUUACACCUUCUAGAUAUAAUUAUUGGUUUUAGCAAACCUCACUCACCUCACUACAAGGCAUCAUUUGUUUCAUGCUCUAUGCUAGUGAGAGUAGAACAUACAAAGAUUUCAAUUUUAAUGAUGAUUAUCUUUAUGAUUUUUGCACAAUUGGCCAAAUAAAAAAACUGUAAAUUUCUGUGCCAGGCCCGGGCUUUCUGAUCAUCGGUAGUAAACUAUGUAGUACAAAUUUUGCAUACAAUCCAUUUUGCUUUGGGAUAUUCGAAGUC